UCUCAGUCUGAUCGCGGUGUCGCGUGCACUUGUUUUCUCCGUUCGAUUUCCAACCGGGUCCUGUUGUUUUAAGUUCUACGGUUUCGAUUGCUUGUUGACUGACUGUGGUGAAUUCCCGCGUGGCGGUAAGGUGUUUAGUGUUGUUCUUGUGUGUGAGACGACGAACCCGACUUUUGCCGAUCAUCGCCCAGUUGUGAACAAUUAUCGAAUUUUCCACGGUGUUUGCGGUUUAUUUGUGGGAUUUUUCUAACGAUUGCGUUUCUAAUCGAGACAAAAAAUCUAGGUGUUAAAAUAAUAAAAGUGACAUAUUUUUCCCAGUGGCUUCAAACGAAAGCAACCUCAUCUAAAAGUUGGCGGUAAAGAACCUGCUGUCGGCAGAAGGUUACUAGUGUGAAUAAAUUAGCGACCUUUUAUCUCUCUCUCUCGGGGGCUGCGAAAGAAGAAGCGAAUUAAUAUACAUGCAACUCGGAUUGCCUUGGAAGUAGAGUGCCAUUCAGAGAGGAGUGUGAAUUAACAGCCGUUCAUGUGCGAUUUCGAACUUCGAGUGCCAGCGAGUUUACGUAAGCAAACUUAUCGAUUUGUGUAAGCAUAAUAAAAGAUGAAAAGAUUUUACCCCUUCGCGUCCGGCCAAUGUUAAGUGAAGUAUUGUUUUUCGUCUUCUGCUGAUAUUGAGCAAAACAAACAAGAGCGAAAACACAAAAAAAGGAAGAAACACUUGCGAACACCCUUUCGACCGGCUACGACGACAGGAUUAGAAGUGAGAAGAUUGUUUUCGUUGGAACUAUUUCGAGAUCAGUUGAUUACAGAAGCUGGACUUUUACUCGAGAAAGUUUUAGUUCCAAUUAAAGAGAUUGUGCCCGUGCCUGAGACCUGCGAAGAAGAACUAAGUACCUGAACAGAAAGUCUGACUGAUUCUACGUAGUAGGGCCAAAUAUUUUCUAGCAUUAAGAGAUGCGGAUACUAGAUUAGCUUAGUUUGUACUGAUGGUGCGUAGCUUCUAUCAGCCAGAAUAAGUAAAAUGGUAGAGCGUAGGCUUUCAAUGAGCCACGGCCUUUAGGAUUUUUUUUGCAUCUUCUCCCUCCUAAGUAGUAAACUAUGCUGCAUUCCAGCGAGGGGACAGUAGCUUUAGUAGUGCUAGCUUUUAAUUCCGGCUUGGGAUCAGAAUGACGGAUGUUGCCUUCCCGGUUUCUACCUCACCCCAGCAACGGCAGCCCUCCUCCGGCAACAGUCCCAGCAGAAACAAUCUGACCCCAACCGGUGGCGCUAGUGGCCCGCGGACCGUUUCCUUCAAUCAGGACGUGCAUGUCAAAAGAAUUGGAUCUCGUUCGGAGCCGCGAACUUUUCCAACCAAUUCUCACGUACGCAAGGAACCACCGAAUCUAUCGGCAGAGGCCCUCCGCAGGGAGGCAGAGUUUGUGCUCGCCCAGGCGGACCGCAUCGAUCGAGACAGAUCGCGAAGUUCCAGCGCCAACGGAAAGACCAGCAGAUUCAAUUCGCUUCCUUCGCGAAAAUCACGCGAAAAAGUUACUGUAACACGCAGUUCCAGUGACGCUGCAUCGAAGAAACCUCAGAAAAACCUCCUAACUUUAUUUAACGGAAAAAGUAAAGCGGACUCCGUCGAGACGAAGCCACAAAAAACGGUUACACGCAGUAAAAGUGAUGUUGGCCAAACACGUCCAGUAAGAGUUCGUAGAUCGCCUCGACGAAACACACAGGAGCUGAAACAUGAUCCACUAACGCCGAUCAUCGAAGCUUCCCCCGUGGAAUACACGAACACUGUUGAUCCUUUGACUGCACUGAACCUCAACAGCAAGACAGAGUCUGCGAUUUUUCUAACCCGGCAACCGUCGAAGCCCGUAAUGGAAACGAUCGCCUUGCUACGUCAGAACUCCAAAUCCCAGGAAAGAUUACACAGCUCCCAGUUACCACCGGAGAAACCGAGCCUCACGAAGGGAGUUACCGUCGAGAAUAUCGUCAAACAGUUGACCAGUGAACGACACACCUCUCCUCCACCACCGCAAAUAGUUCGCGACGGUUUCUCGUACACGCGACCAGGUGAGCCCAUCGUUUACGCCCAGGUUGUGUGCAGCAAUGAGGGCAAGGACAAGCACACCAUCCGAAGUCAGUACCUAGCCAAUACCGUCGGUGACGACAGCGUCAAGAAAUCUAGUCCGUGCACGCAGGAGGAAAGCAUGAUGCCCACCAAGGAUUACCUCACCAUGAAGCGUCCGAGUCCGCCGCUUCCGAAGUACACUCUGGACGAGACCGACAACUUUCCACGUACCAAAUUCCAACCGUACAUCAACAGUGAUGAAGAUGAGGGGCUGGGAAUCGAUUACAACAAACGGUUCUCAACCACCUACUUUAAAACGACGACAACCGACUCGAUCACCAACUCAGACGAGGAUCGCAUUACGCCAACCGUCAAGUACAUGACCCCGGAUCGUCCCUUUUACAGUCACAACUACAGUACCAGCUAUAGAGGACAGGCUGACGGUAAGGAGUACUUGCCAGAGUUCAACGAACUUAGCCAGCGACGAGAAAUACUAGAAUCACGAAUCCGGAACAGAAUUGGCUCCAGGGAGCUGCUAAACAGACGAUCUCCCGAAAGAACAUUUGCCGUAGAUUCGGCUGGUUCCCGAUACGAAAGUUACCACAGUAGUGCGCUACGAAGAAGCGUCGAUCGGGUGGCCAGUGAUUCACCGGUGCGAAGACGCACCGUUUCACCAGUGUCACUCCCGGUGGAGGAGGAUCUAAUCGAACGAAAGAACGUAAAAAAUGGGUACGUGGAAUCGUUCGUCACCAAGACGGUUAUCAAUCGAGAUCGGAAGCCUUUCACGGAGGAGUUCGUUGAACGAUUCAAAUAUCCCGGUCAGAAUGUGGAGGACGUGCGCACCACCAGGACUACCUUCGAUCGGGAGGGUUCCGUAGAGCGGAAGGAAGUGCAGAGCUUCACCCGACAUUUACAUGAUAGUGGAUACACGAGACAGUUGAUGGAUAAAGGAGACUCUGGAAUCGAGAACGAUUUCCGGAAGGAUUCUCUCAACAGUGAAUUUCCGACUGGAAGAAAAUACACGCUAAGCCAGAAUGUUCUGGCGUGUGAAAGUUUUUUGAGAAAUGAACGCACACACACGAACAACUGCAUCCGCAAACCGAGGAAGACAUACUCGUAUAGGGAACGCAGCAUUGACGAUGGCAGUCGAUUUGAUCCCCGAUUGGAUGAGUACACGAUGAAUCCACCGAAGAUUUUGAAGUCUUCGCUGAAACAGGAGAAGAAGUCUGGGGGUUUAGCGAAGGUUAAGGAAUUCAUGAGCUCUACUAGGAAGAAAUUGAUGGGCGAUUCGGAGAAGAAAGGUUCCCGACAGAGCAGUAUUCGAAGUAACGAAAUUCGAUACGAGGAUCGCUUGAGGGUUCCCGAUAUCGCCAAUCGUCGUCGACUGUCAACGCCCAAGUCAAGCCCGUCGACAACGAAACGAUCCCUAUCGUUCAAGGGAACCAAGAGUAGCGAAGGAGCAAAAUCAUCCCGAUCGGAUUGGUUCAAAUCCUUCGAUAGACUGUCCAGGAAGAAGUCGGAAUCCAAGUCCCAGCUAGGCAGUGAGUCAAAAUCUACCAUUGGAACAAAACAGCAGAAAAGUCUGCGAUUCUUCGGUGACACCGACAAUGAAUACGUUGAAAAAGUGCCGCGUAAAGCUAGUCGCUCUAAGUCUGCGCUUUCAAAGGUUGAUAAGCGUUAUCAAAGUGCUUACGAUCUGGAAGCGACACCGAAAAUUCGAGAAAAUCGAAAUCGAUCAACGUCGAUGUUGAACCUGGAUGAAGGCGAUCGUCGAACCGAUUAUAAGCGAAAAGAUCUCUACGACAUUUCCGAGCAUUCGACGAACCACCGGGUGCGGUCACCGUCGCCAGCAAAAUAUCCACCGAAGAGACGCGAGUAUAGCCCGGAUCGGUCAACCGGUCGCAAGAGCUACAGCCGUUCACGUGAAACCAGCGUCGACCAUCGGGAAGGGGAACGUUAUCAGCGAUCAAGUCGCAGUCGCUCCGAGCAGCACGGUAACAAACCCCCGACAGGACCAACGAAACCGGCCAGAUCAUUCGAAAGAAGGGGGAGCUUAACCAGGGAGUUUGAUCGUGUUCACGACAGCUCUGGCACCGAGGGUGAAUCUAGUCAACAAAGCCAGCGCAGUGUCGUCUUCCUACACGCAACAACAGUUGGUGACAUCCCGCAUCCCCACAUCGCCAACGCUCACCGGAAGGCAUACUCCCGGGAGUCGCUGAACAGCUCGAAAAAGCUCCAACCGAUGUCGCGAACCGUGUCUCGCUCCAUCUCGGUGCUGGCACCGUGGAAACCGAAGCACAUCCGCGAGGGUUACGAAAUCAACUACCACAACGAGCAGCAACAGCAACAGCCGGUUGCGAAACCGAUCUCAACCCUGCCGCGUCCGCUGAAGAAUCGUUCGCAGAGCCAGUCCACAUUGAACCGUAGCAAGCCGAAGGGGCGCCGCAGCCAGGCCGGAUCCAAGGACGAUUUGGACUCGGACAAGAGUUCGUCGUUCGAUAACUCACGGUUGUCCUAUGGUGGCCCUGGGGGCCAUCAAACGCACUCGUUACCAAGGCGGUCACGGACGGAGGCAACAGGCUCGCAAGCAGCGACUCCGCACUCCGGUGGUUCGAAAACUAACACCAUGCAGAAACAUCGCCGAAUCUAACUUUAACGGUCCGGAGACUAAGCGAAUAAUCCCAGGAAUAAUUAUGUAACCUCUUUUUCAGAGACUAUUUAUUUUGUGCCUGCAAUACAAACGGUCUAGUUUAUGUGUGCUUCAAUCCUGCACCCGUUGCUUGUCACAUCGUGUUUUAAUUGAAUCGGAAAAUUUUGUUAUCGACAGCUCUAACAAUUAAAUUGUGACGAAGAUUUUAAUAGCGAAACCAGUAAAUGCACUAAUCCGUAAUCACAGCAGUAUAGUCGUAAAACAAUGCGAACUUUCACAGUAGA